CAUCGAUAUAUCAAAGACUUCCUUCAUCACAUGGGUUAUUAGACGGACGGGGUAACGACGACUCACGCAUUUCGAAACAAAACGUCCUUCUGCGAUUAGAUUUGCAUUUUCAGAGACGACUACUCGUUCGUUCGGUUCAAAUCUCUUGACCGGUUUCGAUGGCGGAGGGAAGCGCCGCUUCGCGUUACGUGAAAUUGAGGAAAGAGCAGGCUCCUGUGGAAGACAUCACCCCCGGCGAACUCAACCAGCCCAUAGAUGUUCCUCAGUUGAAUGUUCGCAAGUGCCAUGAAUGUAUGCAAGUUCUACCUGAAACCUAUGAACCCCCUUCUGAUGAAAACUGGACCACUGGCAUUUUUGGCUGUGCUGAAGACCCUGAGAGCUGCAGGACUGGUCUCUUUUGCCCCUGUGUACUGUAUGGGCGUAACAUUGAAGCUGUGAGGGAUGAGAUUCCUUGGACACAACCAUGCGUUUGCCAUGCAGUCUGUGUUGAGGGAGGAAUGGCUCUUGCAGCAGUAACCGCACUCUUCGGUGGCUACAUUGAUCCUCAAACAACAGUUGUGAUAUGCGAAGGCCUCUUCUUUGCGUGGUGGAUGUGUGGAAUCUACUCAGGAUUGUUCCGCCAAGAACUCCAGAAGAAGUAUCAUCUCAAGAAUGCGCCAUGUGAUCAUUGCAUGGUUCACUGUUGUUUGCAUUGGUGUGCCUUGUGUCAAGAACACAGGGAGAUGAAGAAUCAUCUUUCUGAUGCAGAUGCUUCGUCUUCAACCACUAUGGAUCCUCCUCCAGUUCAGGCGAUGAACACCGAAGAGAGAAAAGACGCUUCUUCAUCAUCGUCUUCCUCUUCAUCUCCCUCAUCUGCCAAAAGCCAACACAAUGAUCUCGAGAUGGUCCCUCUAUAGGAAAACAUUCCUUUUAAACUCUGCUGCCUAUGCUCGCUAAGCUGUUUGCGUUUUUAUGUAGAGAAGUUUUCGUACCAGCUGAUUCUGUUGGUUUAACAUAUUCAAGUUUGUUACAAGAACAAGUUCGUUAGCACUUUUUACAUUUUACAGAAAACUUUGAGGUCAUUGAAUCUCUUUGGAUAUGGAAAAAAAUUAUUUAUCUUAGCUGCCGUUGUGAAUUUG